AUGCGAUCCUUUGACAACCUUGCCUUCAGGUUGGAGAACAAUUGCAACUUGGUGGAAGUCAAUAAUGGAGUCUCUCUCCUUAGAGCCCUCAUAUCAGAUGUUGUCCCUAAUAUUGGAGGCAUCAAGGGAUCUCUCAGACGCUCUUGGAAGCACUUUGGUCCUUUGAAGAUUGUACAUCUUCACAGUAAUGUUUUCUCAAUUGUUGUCACUCCAGUGAAUGUAGAUGAGCUUCUUCUGGGUGGUCCUUGGCACGUCGAUAACAAGAGGUUUAUUGUGGUACGCUGGAAACCAAAUCUCACUGUUAGAGAUGUUCAUCUUCAUAAAGCUUGGUACUGGGUUCAGAUCUCAGGACUAACAUGGGAGAAGCUCAACAACAACAAUGCCAAGGAGAUUGGUGCUGAGAUUGGUGAGGUGUUGCAGCUGGAAGAUAUUAGUCAGGAGGAUAUCACUCUCAGAGCCUAUCUCAGAAUUAAGGUUCUUUUAAAUGUUAGAGAUGCGUUUCCAACAGGUUUCUGGCUACCUCUGAACUCUUUCACGAAGACGAGGGUGGAGUUUGCGUAUGAGGGACUAAAAGAUUUCUGUUAUUGUUGUGGAAGACUUGGUCACAAGGAAGAUGAGUGCCAGAAUCCUUUGCUGAUUAACCAUGAAAGCUACUGGGGAAGAGGAGGCAGAGAUCUUAUGGUUUGGACCAUGGAUGAGAAAGAGUGUGUAUUCAGCCCCUGCUCCCUCUUGGCUGAAUAA